GCAAGCGCUCUCUCACCCCUGGCAACCCUAGCAAAUCACUCUUCCAUGGGGCAACAAAUUACGUUUCGAGAGCAGGCGGCAAUUCCGGACGUCGGGCAAGCGACUGCGAAACGGACGGAGCCAUUCAAAGCGAAGGAAAGUGCUCUUCAGGCUACCUUUACGCGGAUCGAGGAAGGAGGGGACAAGCGUGCUCCGAGAAAAUCGCAUUGUGAAACGCCAGGGAGGAGCCCAUCUUUGCGCUCGGGGACUGUGUAUUGACUGGCCGACAUCCUUUGAUUUGAAUGAAAUAUGUUUUGUCCAUCUGAGAUGCCUUAGAUGAUGCCCAUUAAUACUGCAAUGGCAAUUGGGGCUUUUUCUAGUUCUCUUCUUGUGACAUGCUGCCUGAUGGUUGCUCUGUGUAAUUCUACUACACCAUUGCAAAAACUAUCCAAGGCUCAAGACAAGCAGGAGAUAAAAACAAGUGAGGAAAAAAAAUAUCAAUCAUUAGCCCAGGAAAGACAGAAUCAUGGACCAGGGAAAAUGAAUGAAAUGACUAUGAAUGGAAGAGAAGAAGGCACUAGGGACUGGAAAAACAAAGGCAACAGAAAUUACUCUAAUAAAGAAUCUUGGACAAAGCAAAAACAGGUUAUGAAUAUUCAAGCAACAAAUAAUAAAUUUGGGAACCUCGAAACUCAUAAUCAGAUCAAAGGUAUUCAAGAGGAACUUCCUGCUGCUGAAGAUUUCUCCCUCUUUGAUAUUAUUGCUGACACUACAUCCGAACCCGCAGAGGAAUAUAUUUAUCCAGACUACCGUGGAAAAGGCUGUGUGGAUGAGAGUGGCUUUGUUUAUGCAAUUGGAGAGAGGUUUACUCCAGGACCCUCUGCAUGCCCUUGUCUCUGUACUGAAGAAGGCCCGUUGUGCAUUCAACCAGAAUGCCCUAGACUCCAUCCUCGCUGUAUUCAUGUUGACACUACUCAAUGCUGUCCACAGUGCAAAGAACAUAAAAAUUAUUGUGAUUUCCGUGGGAAAAUCUAUCGGACACUGGAAGAAUUCAUGGUAAGGCAACACUGAUUCUGAUGAAUUAGAGGUUGUUCAUUCAUUGUUGAUCUGAUCUUCCUGUUGAUUUGUGUAUUCUCAAUUGUGAGGUUAUUAUCAUAUCCUUAUCUUUUUGCAUUUUAAGUACUAG